UGGAGUAUUUUGUAAAUGUAAAGGGCAUGUUGAUGUAUUAAAUUUCACACGCAUCCUAGGAGGCUCAUCGCCAACAGCUUUGAAUUCCCUGAUUUUGGGCUCCCAGUGCUUCGAGUCAUGAGAUUCAAUCUUCAAAUGUGCUUUCUUUGGUCUUACUUGAGGAGGAUGGUAUUCCGGCUGGACCAUCAUCUGAUCCACUGCUGACUUGAUCUCAUCCACAACUGCAUGGUGCUGAUUAAGCUCUUCUUCUAUAUGUCGAAGCUUUGAUUCAAAGUUGGACCUUACAUCGUCUAUUUCCACAGGAGCAGGUCUAAUACUAGGUAGUUUGAAGCUGAGGUCCGUUACUACAUAUAAUAUGAAUAAGAAUGCAAGGAUGCAUGUUGUCCAAAACACUGCAGAGAGUCUCCUUAUUCUCAUUGUGGCUCUAUCAAAAAUAUACUAAUUUUAUACUUACAAUAUGAAUUAGAAUUGUGAGAAAAAUUUUAAUAGGGAUUUUGAUAAGGUGUGGGUACAAUCUAUACAAUUAAAUUAACAAAAAAUGUUACUGUAUGUCAGAGAAUAGAUAAUUAUUACAUAUAUUAUUAUUAUAUAAAAUACACAAUUAUUAUUUUCAUUUGUCAAGUUUUUAUUAACAGUGUACUUAAUUAAUAUCUCAAGGCUAUUAAAAUACUGAUAAUUGGGAAAUAUUUAAAAAAUACAAUGAUUAGCCGGAGCAUUAAAUGUCAAUAAUAAAUACUUCAUCUUGGAAUUAAAUUAUUACCUUAUUUUCUUCUACUUCAUUAACAAAUUUCUACUAAAUGUUUAGAUAAUGUAAAUAUUGCAUUACAACUAUUAAAUGUAUUCUAAGUUUACCACUCGAGCCAAAAAACAGUUUUGGAAACCAGAAACAAACAAACCUGGCAAUCUCGACAACUAAAAAGCACGUAAACGUCAAUGUCAAGCCCACACGUUGAAAACUUUGAUAGGUCGUGAAUUGAUAACGUUGCGUUUCGUUCUGCUUUUAUGUAAAAACUAGACUUAGACAAACAGCAUGUUACUAAAAUAUGUUUAUGCUGUAAUAAAUAAUUCUGUGAUAAUAGAUUAGCAAGAUGUGAUAAAAAUUAGAUCAAAAUUCAAUCAAAUUGUUAUUAGUUUAGAGUAGCGAAUGGAAUACAAAAUUGACACAACAUUUUAUCGAAGACAGCAGAAUUUGAUUUUUCAUUCAAUAAUUACACACAUAUGUAGUAAAAGAAAUUGCCGUAUUAUAGCUUUAAAGUUCUUCCAAUAAUUAUUAGUAUCUUCAGUGUAUCCAAACGUAUGUUUUCUGAGUUGUUAUCGAUUUUUGAUAAAUGUCAAACUUGUCAAAUUGUUGUGUGUGAAACAUGGCGUCUAAGGAGUCUCUGGAUCAUGGCAGAUCCGACUCGUACCGCGUCGCCACCAUCGGCCCCAUUAAGGACGAUAAUAGGACCGCUGACGGACAGUAUAAGACGCGCCGGAAACCACCCGCAAAAAAACGAAAAACAGGAGAUUUAGAUGAUCUUAAACAGGAAUUGGACAUUGACUUUCACAAAGUAACACCCGAAGAACUUUACCAAAGAUUUCAGACACAUCCAGAAAAUGGCCUUAGUCACGCAAAAGCGAAAGAAAACCUGGAGAGGGACGGUCCAAACGCACUCACGCCGCCCAAACAGACACCCGAAUGGGUGAAGUUUUGUAAAAACCUAUUUGGUGGAUUCGCUUUACUACUUUGGAUUGGUGCUAUUCUAUGCUUUAUCGCUUACGGAAUUCAGGCGAGUACCGUAGAGGAACCAGCGGACGAUAAUCUUUAUCUGGGUAUCGUAUUGGCAGCAGUGGUAAUCGUGACCGGCAUAUUCUCGUACUACCAGGAGAGCAAGUCCUCAAAGAUCAUGGAAUCCUUCAAGAAUAUGGUGCCUCAAUUCGCUACAGUGAUCCGUGAAGGAGAGAAGUUAACGUUGCGCGCUGAGGACUUGGUGCUUGGAGAUAUUGUAGAAGUGAAAUUCGGCGAUCGGAUCCCAGCCGACAUUCGCAUCAUCGAAGCUCGCGGCUUCAAAGUAGACAACUCGAGUUUAACGGGAGAAUCUGAACCUCAGUCGCGUGGAGCGGAAUUCACCAACGAAAACCCCCUAGAGACCAAGAACCUCGCCUUCUUCUCAACCAACGCCGUCGAGGGCACCGCCAAAGGCAUCGUCAUAUGCUGCGGCGACAACACGGUGAUGGGUCGCAUUGCUGGUCUUGCUUCUGGUUUGGACACUGGGGAGACUCCGAUCGCUAAGGAAAUCCAUCACUUCAUUCAUCUGAUCACCGGCGUAGCUGUAUUCCUGGGCGUUACAUUCUUCGUCAUCGCCUUUAUCCUCGGCUACCACUGGCUCGAUGCUGUGAUCUUCCUAAUCGGUAUCAUCGUGGCGAACGUGCCCGAAGGUCUGCUAGCAACGGUGACCGUAUGUUUGACUCUGACUGCAAAGCGAAUGGCCUCCAAGAACUGUCUGGUGAAGAACUUGGAAGCGGUAGAGACCCUCGGCUCCACGUCCACUAUCUGUUCGGAUAAGACCGGCACACUAACGCAAAACCGUAUGACCGUCGCCCACAUGUGGUUCGACAACCAGAUCAUUGAAGCGGAUACUACUGAGGAUCAGUCCGGUGUUCAAUACGAUCGCACAAGUCCCGGAUUCAAAGCGUUGGCGAAGAUCGCGACUCUAUGCAACCGCGCAGAGUUCAAGGGUGGCCAGGACGGGGUGCCCAUACUGAAGAAGGAAGUAGCCGGCGAUGCAUCGGAAGCGGCGUUACUCAAAUGCAUGGAACUCGCCUUGGGAGAUGUGCUCUCCAUACGUAAACGGAACAAGAAAGUCUGUGAAAUACCAUUUAACUCGACCAACAAAUACCAGGUAUCUGUACACGAAAGUGACGACCCAUCAGAUCCUCGUCACUUGCUGGUGAUGAAGGGCGCGCCCGAAAGGAUUCUGGAGAGAUGCAGCACCAUCUUCAUUGGCGGCAAGGAGAAGGUGCUAGACGAAGAAAUGAAGGAGGCUUUCAACAAUGCUUAUCUGGAGCUGGGUGGGCUGGGUGAGCGAGUACUCGGUUUCUGCGACUUACAACUGCCAUCUGACAAGUAUCCUAUCGGGUACAAAUUCAACACGGACGAUCCCAACUUCCCCCUGGACAACCUUCGAUUUGUCGGCCUCAUGUCCAUGAUUGAUCCACCCCGUGCCGCCGUCCCAGAUGCUGUCGCGAAGUGCCGAUCGGCCGGAAUCAAGGUGAUAAUGGUGACCGGAGACCACCCGAUCACGGCGAAGGCGAUCGCGAAGUCUGUGGGCAUCAUAUCGGAAGGCAACGAGACAGUGGAGGAUAUCGCCGCCAGGCUCAACAUUCCCGUAUCCGAAGUGAACCCGCGCGAAGCCAAGGCAGCCGUCGUACACGGCACAGAACUCAGAGAACUGAACUCGGACCAACUGGAUGAAAUACUCAAGUAUCAUACUGAGAUCGUAUUCGCACGGACAUCGCCGCAGCAGAAACUGAUCAUUGUUGAGGGAUGUCAGCGUCUGGGCGCCAUCGUGGCUGUAACUGGCGAUGGUGUUAAUGAUUCGCCCGCUCUCAAGAAAGCCGAUAUUGGCGUCGCUAUGGGUAUCGCCGGUUCCGACGUUUCCAAACAGGCCGCUGACAUGAUCCUUCUGGACGACAACUUUGCGUCGAUAGUGACGGGAGUGGAGGAGGGUCGCCUUAUCUUUGACAAUCUAAAGAAAUCUAUUGCGUACACACUCACCUCUAACAUCCCCGAAAUUUCUCCUUUCCUUGCCUUCAUCCUCUGCGACAUCCCCCUGCCUCUCGGCACUGUUACUAUCCUCUGCAUAGAUCUCGGAACUGACAUGGUGCCCGCCAUUUCCCUGGCCUACGAGGAGGCCGAAUCUGACAUAAUGAAGCGCCAGCCGCGUAAUCCUUUCACUGAUAAACUCGUUAACGAGAGGCUAAUCUCGAUGGCGUACGGACAGAUCGGAAUGAUCCAAGCGGCCGCAGGUUUCUUCGUGUACUUCGUCAUCAUGGCUGAAAAUGGAUUUUUGCCGCUGAAACUUUUCGGUAUCAGGAAGCAAUGGGACUCGAAGGCGAUCAAUGACUUGACCGACUCCUAUGGACAGGAAUGGACUUACCGCGACCGCAAGGCGCUGGAGUUCACGUGCCACACUGCAUUCUUCGUCUCGAUCGUGGUAGUACAAUGGGCCGACUUGAUCAUCUGCAAGACCCGCCGCAACUCCAUUAUCCACCAGGGCAUGCGCAACUGGGCGUUGAACUUCGGACUCAUCUUCGAGACCGCGCUCGCCGCCUUCCUCUCGUACACGCCCGGCAUGGACAAGGGUCUCAGGAUGUACCCCCUCAAGUUCGUGUGGUGGCUGCCGGCCAUUCCAUUCAUGCUGUCGAUCUUCAUUUAUGAUGAAAUCCGGCGCUUCUACCUGCGCCGUAACCCAGGCGGCUGGCUGGAACAAGAGACUUACUACUAGAUGCCCCUCCCCUGCCCGCCUGCCCCGCCCCCCCCCCCGCCCCGCACCCUGCACGCGCGUGCACACCCCCCGCGGGGCCUGUGGCCGCCGCCGUGCCCGACCGCCCCCGCUCGCCCCGCACGCCCCGCGGCCCACCCCGCCCCCGCCCCUGCCCCCGCGCACAUUCACCGUUAUCGUUCGACGAACUAUGUAUGUAUAUAUGCACAGUGGAGUAUGAAGUUUGAUAUUUGUGAUGAUAAAAAAUAUACGCGUACUAUUAUUUUGGAAUCAUGUUAUUUUUGUAUCGAGAUGGUUUAUGUGAUUUACGGCGUCGUCGGUUCGAGCCAACCGCGCGGCCGCCGACGUUGAGAGUUCGUUGUAAAAUUAACGUUUAAGAAGCCAUUAUUAUUAUUAUAAUUUAAGUGAAUUAGAUUAAGUUGAGUUUUCGGUGUGAACAGAGUUCAGUUGGAGAUUCGGUCGGGUGCAUGAUGUAUGAGAGUUCGAUGUGGAGUGCCCGAGUUCGAUGUACUACCGCUUAUUGUUAGGUAGGUAGUUGAAAUUUCGAUGCCGUAUUUUGAAUUGUAAAAGUAGAUAAUGGAGCAUCAGACGGACGCGUCGCUUCCGCAAGACGUCGGCCGACGCGCGCCGACGCUUUACUUUUAUAACCGAUAAUCUGAUCGUUAGCGAAUCUCGUCAAGUUUAUUAAAAUAGGCUGCUCAUGAUAAUUACGUAAGAUUUUAUUUCUUAAUUAAAAGAUAAUAACAAAACGUAGGGAUGCGUAAUUAGAAAUUUUUAAAAUUAUACAGUUAUGAUAGAGAGUGGAGUUGCGUUACUCCCCCCGGCCCCCGGCGGACGCGGCGAGGGGGGCCUAGGGGAGAUUCAUUUCGAUUUUUCGUAACGAAUACAUAUAACAUUAUAAUAAUGGUUACAAAAGUAAAAUAUAACAUUAUAGCGACUAAUAAAUCUAAAUUAUAUGAAAUGUUUAUAGAUUUAAAUGAAAUUCGUUUCUUUAGGGUGACCUUCUGUGCUUGUUCGAUGAUGACGAUGUUCAUCUCACUGACAAUACGUCGUCGUUGAUGAUAUUAUGAUUGUAACGAUCCGAUCUUGUGAGCGGUUUGUUUAACCUACACUGUAGAGACUAAUAUUGUUUUGCGUUCGACAGUUCUUUACACCGAUUCAUUUUAUAGUAUUACUCUGUUGGCUAGGAGCGCUGUAAAAAUGUAAGUGUUAAUAAAAAAAAACAUUUUCAAAAUAUUAUUCUGGUGUUUUAUUAUUGUUUAAUUUUAAACCUUUUAGAGUACUGUUGGUGAGUGCGUAUGUAUGUGUGAAUGUGUGUGUGUGUGUGUGUGUGUUUGUUAUCUAAUUGUGGUUGUGCGCUUGCAUGAUUGGAUCUACUUAAUAUUUGGUGAACCACGCAAAUUCAUAAAGAUAAUGCUAUGAAAUAAACAGUAUUAAUAAGGGUUAUUUUUUAUUUUAGUAAGUAUUACUUGGUUCCCUUUCUGUUAGAUAAAGACUAGAAUAAUUAAAUAAAACAGUUUUUCAGCCAGUUUAUGACUUUAAUCAAAAAGUAAUCGGAUUCGAAGUAAUUUUAUACCAUCAAGUGUCUUAUGGAAUUAUGCGUUAGUUAGUUAGUUAGCAACGGUAAACGUGUAAGCUUGAAUUCCAUAUAUUUGGCAGUUCUGACGUAAGCAUCUUCCGUCAGAUAUACACCGAUCCUUAACGAAAUUGGCUUCAAAGUAAUUUUAUACCACUUUUGAAUAAAAACUAUUUGAGAUUAUUUAGAAAUUACAGUCAACAGUACACUGUACUUAAAAUCUCUUUAGACUGGCAAAUCAUUUACUAAACGAAAUAAAUGUUUAAAAAGCAAUACAUGCGAUCUUUAUAUUAUUUUAGGGAUACUGAGACGAAACGACACUGUUUUGUAGUUUUUAUCAGCCACUAGAUGGAGCUGGUGUAAAAAUGAAUAAAGAAUUAUUUAUCUGGUUUAGUAUUCGCAAUAACUAUAAGUAUAGAUUAUCAUUUCUACCUUCAAGUAAGACUUAAGUGAAAAAAUUGACUUGAACCUGACAUGAUUCGUUUUUUUUAAAUAUAUAAAUAAUCACAAAUGCUUUGCUUUCAUUGGUAAAAAAAAGUUAAGCAGCAAAGCUCUCUGUUGACAAUCAAAUUUAACACAACUGUGUUGUUAAAGAAUUUUUCUAUUUGUAACUACAUAAAAUUAAUUAAUCAUCAACUUCCGAGUAACAAUUUUACAAAGAUAACAGUUUAAAUCAUGAAUGAAUCAAUACCCAUAUCCUAGAACAACUUAAUAUCUUAACUUGUUCGUAACAAAAUUUACUUGUACGUUUCAGACGUAAUGAAUAAGAAAAAGUAGCGUAUCAAAAAUUUUGGUUUUCGAAGUCCUGACUUGAAUCUGAAACAUAAGCCAGUAACUCGUUGGAAACAAAUUGGAACACUAUACCGAUGGAGUUGUGGUUAUUUGAUCAUCUCAUACUCAGAAUCCAGGUAAUUAAAAAACAAUUAUGCUUUAUAUCCCGUAAGUAAAUGAAGCAUAUGGUUUUUGAAGUGUGAUACUCUCUGGCAGUACCACCACCACUCUCAACAUUCUUAUACAGGGUUAUUUGUGAAACACCUACAACCACGCAGGAAUAGAUUGCUAACAUAAUAAACAACAUUUGAUUUACUAGCCAAAACACUCCAACUCCAACCAACCACUCAACAUUCUUAUACAGGGUUUUUUGUGAAACACCUACAACCACGCAGGAAUAGAUUGCUAACAAAAUAAACAACAUUUGAUUAACUAGCCAAAACACUCCAACUCCAACCAACCACUCAACAUUUUUAUACAGGGUUAUUUGUAAAACACCUACAACCGCGCGGAAAUAGAUUGCUAACAUAAUAAACAACAUUUGAUUUACUAGUCAAAUCACACAUAUAUUUUAUUUAGAGUAUUGCUUAAUAAAAUAUAUUUUUAAUUAAGGGUUGAUGCAGACCUGAAGAAAGAUCCGUCAAAUAUUUUACGGAAGUAUGUGAUAGUAAGCGACGGAUAUUCCGUGCAAGCUUGACAGUUAUGUUUGUCAGUUCUUACGUACGCAUCUAUCAUUAGAUACGCAACUAUCUUAUAUGUACGUCACGGACCGGUGAAGAACAUACAUAAUGUAACGAUUUAGUUAACAGACGUUAUUUAUGUUUGCUAUCUUACCCCUGCUAUUUUGUUGAUGAUUUUCAACUAACCUUCUAUAUCUCCUAGCGUUACAACAAUGUAUUGAAAGUCCAUGGAUCCUGUGGGUAAUGAUUUCCGUAAGGCUAAUUGUUUUCAAAGAGUCAACAUGCUGUAUCCUGUUACCACCAGGCAGGUAUAACAUCAGUUCAAUUAUUUUAUAAAGUAUUCAUAAAGUUUUUGAAAAGCAGAAAUGAGUGAGUAUACGUAUCUGCCAGAUGAAUCAAAAGGUCUGAGUAAAAAUAAUAUUUGUGAAGCUGCCAUUUGUUUUACUUUUGAGUAAAUGAUUUAGGAGAAGUAGGUGUAACGACAAUAAGUUCUGAUUACAUGACUAACGGUCAGUUGCACAAACGUCCAUUAAUAAUAAUAAUAAGAUUCAUUAUCUCCACAAACUUUUUACAACUUAUAAAAUACAAUAAAUCUUAUUUUCGAUUUAAUUAUGCCUUUAAGCUUUAAUUAAUGUCUAAUUUUCUCGGUAAUGUCUGUUUAAACUAAUGGCAAUUUUAAUGGACGUUUGUGCAUCUGGCUAUAGGGCUGAUUCUACUGUAGGUAUAUCAUUUAUAUACACGCACCAACAGAGGGGAUUUAUAAAAUUAGCCAAAUUUCACGAACCAAUUUUGGACUUCACCAGUAAUAGACUCAAGGUUUAAAAUCAAUUGGAAAAAUUGGCUUUUUGCGGUAACCUGACGUGUUGAUGACUGUAUAUCUUAAAACUGGUCAACUGAAUGAAAAUAUAAUUCUGCUUCAUACAUUAUUUCCAAAUUAUUUAUUUGAUGUAACUAUACCAUCUAAUGAUUAAUUAAAUAUAAUAGGAUCAGUAUAUACAAUUUACAAAAAAACUAGUAGGUAUUUACAAUUGUUAUACCUAAUUGUAAAUUAUACACGGCCACGGUGCAUAUUCACACUAAUAUUUUUUACACUUUGCUUAUACAUAAAUACACAACAUAAAGUAUUGUUAUACUUAACUAAUACAUUG